UUAAAUUGUGAUGUCAGAUAAUCUUUAGGUGAAAUAAAGAAGAAGAUAUUCACCUUAAGAAGGUGACUAGGACAUUGCUUAAAGAUAAGAAAAUAAAUAUAAUAAAAUUUAAAGGUAUAAAAUCAUGUGUAAAAAGAAAUGAUUUGUAAGCGUAUGUAUAAUAGCCUAAAAUCAAACGUAAUCGAGAUGAUCAAAUUGAAGAUCCUUAAGAAGAUGAUGACGAGAAUUAAUCUGAUAAAUUUGGUGGCUUCGUUUUCACAAAAACCAAAAGUAUAAUAUACCUAUUUUUAAAUUAGACGAACCCAAAAAGUAGUACAUCUAUGAGCCUAAAAAAUAAUAGCCCCCUUAAUAAUAAAAGAAAGAAUACCAACCUAAAAAAGAUUAACAACCAAAAAAGAAACCUGAAAAGAAAGGGAAUAAGUAGUAACCAUCAUCUCAAUAAUAGUACAAAUUUAUUGUAAUAAAAUAGAAAAGAAAUAUCUAUUUAAUAAUUAGGCGAGUUAGAAAAACUACAAUAGCAUCUGAUAAAUUGUGGCAUUUCUAUCACUUAAAAUUAAGAGAACUAUGAUUAAGAGUUAGUUUUGCCUCCUGAUUUUAAUAAGCCAUUACCUAUCCAAAAUUAGCCAAUAGUAGCACCUCCUCCUGGCUUAAUAGAUAAAGACAAAUCUUCUGAUUUUGUGGACAUCUUAAAUCAAUUAUAAGAUAAUGACUCGGAUGGUUAAAUGAAUUAUGAUCAGCACUUUUCAUCAUCAGUUCUCACUAGAGGAGCCUUCCCUAUUUAGACCUAACCACUAAAUUAAUUUAAUAAUUAAAAAUUACUCCCUAAUAAUAACCAAAAUUUUCCAAAUAAUUCAAAUGAUUAGAAAAACAAAGAAAAAAAGAAAAAAAAUAAGAAGAAAAAGCCCAAAAGCAAUAAAAAUUAACAAGAUAUGGCUAUGAUCAACAAUUAACCUGACUUUAUGAACUAAAAUUCUGCUGAAAUCUUUGAUCCUUUCAAAGUUGCACCAUUUUCAUUUCCAUAAUAAUAAAUGGGUCGAAACAAUUUACCAGAUCCUCUCAAUAUUUCAGGGCCAACCUUCUCAGCCCCAUUAGGAUUUGCUCCACCUGGAAUGAUGGGUUUGGGUCCUCAAAUUGCACCAUUCAAUUCAAAUCUCUUAGGAGCUCCAUAAUCUCUUGGAUUUCCUCCUGGUCCUAACUUGGGAAUGGAACCUUUAGAACCUACUUUCCCCAUGGGACCUAAUAUUGGAUCUAUGAGAAUGAAUCAAAUGAUGCCUCCUAAAUUUAAUCAAAUGCCUAAUAUGGCUCAAAUACCUAACAUGCCACAAAUGCCUAACAUGCCUUAGAUGCCGAUGCCUAUGUAAAUGGCUCCUCCUCCUUCAAUGAAAAAGUAAUCUAAUAAAAAUCAUAUGAUGAUGCAACCUCCUCCAAAUUAAUUUGAAGGUCAAUUGUAUUGUCCUCCGAUGAUGCCUCCACCUAUGGGAAAUCAUUUUUCAGACUUUCCACCAACAAUGCCUUUGGGAUAGUAAUUCCCUCCAAAUUUAAUGAACUCUGGACCAAUUUUGGGAAUGCCUCCAAUGAUGCAAUAUGAUGAUGAUUUUGAUUAGAAUUGGAUGCCAAAUGAUGGAAUGCUAUAAAUGCCAACUCCCAUUUAGGUGUUCUCUAAUCAAAAUUUCCCUAAUCUAUCAUAAGUCUAGCAUCCAGAUUCAUAUUUAUAAGAACCUGAUAAAUUCAUUCCUUAAACAAAAAAGAGUAAUGAAGUGAAAAGUGGAAAUGAUUUCAAUAUUGAUCAAUUCAAUUAACCGUUUCAAAAUACUGAUGGAUAACCAAGAUAACGAAAGUAAUUGUUUAUCUAAUUAAAUUUUAGAAAAUUAAAUUUGAAUUCUAAACCAUUUUAUCCAGUAAACCCUUGACUGUAGGAAUCCCCA